AGGCAUCCAUUUGUGUUGGAAAAUGCUUCCAAUAAUCAAAUAAAUAGACCAACAUUAAAUCCUAUAAUUAAUUAAUCGUUUGAUUCCCUUGGGACCUUCUCCUUCAAGCCAUCAUCCAAAGCGAGUCACCGAGUCAAAUAUAUUCGCCUGAAAUGAAACCGUUUCUUUUUUCCUCUCUAAAAAAGGUAGCUUUCCAGCAGCAUAGCAACGUCUUCUUUCCUUCCCUUCCUCGCCAAUUUCACACGAUACUCUCACAGACCAUUUUAUAUAGUUAUAGAAAGAAAGUUCCACAUUUCUCAGGAAACUCCCACCAGCCACCGCCGCCCCAAAACCUUCACCAACUGCCAAAUUCUUCAACUUUAUGUCGCCGUGAGAAAUGGGGAACUUGUGCACUUGCUUCGCCCCCAAGCCGGCGGUGAAAAGGGGACGAUCGGUUAAGCGUCUCCCGGCCAAUUCCUCAUCCCAAACCGCUUCCAACCGGUGGACGAGGGUCCGAUCCGCUAGAAAAGACAGUAAUGAUUCCUUCAUUCAGGAGCAGGCUCUGGCGGCAGCUCUGAUGUUCAGGCAGCAGAACGGUGCCGGGGCAACGACGGCGGCGUUUGACCGUUCUGUUUCGCACAGGUACCCGAAUAGUAAUGCCGGGUCGAAGAAGAACCCGUUGCCCCGAAGCGCUAGCUCGAGAGCUAGGUCACUUACGGACCCUUUGUUGCAGCCUCACCAAUUGGUUAACCAGGAUAUUAAGCUUGAUGAUCUUGAGACAAAACAUUUUGUCCUUGUACAUGGCGGGGGUUUUGGUGCUUGGUGUUGGUACAAAACCAUAGCCCUUCUGGAAGAGAGUGGUUUCACAGUUACGGCUGUAGACUUGACUGGUUCUGGAGUUCAUUCUUUUGAUACUAAUGGCAUUGCCAGUCUCUCUCAGUAUGUGAAGCCACUUACUGAUUUUCUUGAAAAGCUUGCUGAUGAGGAGAAGGUGAUCUUGGUAGGGCACGAUUUUGGCGGUGCUUGCAUCUCAUAUGCAAUGGAGUUGUUUCCACAAAAAAUUUCAAAGGCUAUUUUCCUAGCUGCAGCUAUGUUAGUUGAUGGACAAAGUAUGCUUGACAUGUUCUCCAAGCAGUCAGGUGGAAAUGAUCUGAUGCAAAAAGCACAGAUAUUUGUAUAUGCAAAUGGGAACGAUCAUCCUCCAUCUGCCAUUGAUCUGGAUAAGUCGUUGCUGCGGGACUUGUUAUUCAACCACAGUCCUGCCAAGGACAUUGCAUUAGCCUCCGUGUCAAUGAGGCUGAUCCCGUUUGUUCCAGUCCUGGAGAAACUCCGUCUCUCCGAUGCCAAGCAUGGGACUGUGCGACGGUUCUAUAUCGAAGCUCCGGAAGACAAUGCCAUACCUAUCACCUUACAACAAACCAUGAUCAGCUCGAGUCUGCCGGAGAAGGUGUUCCGGUUGAAAGGUGCGGAUCAUUCACCUUUCUUCUCAAAGCCUCAAGCUUUGCACAAGAUAUUGGUAGAGAUUUCGAAGAUGAAUAAAGCUUGAAAGAAAUUAGAGAAAAGGGGGGUCCAUGGGCAUCGUUACUCAUGUGCAUAUCAUUAUGUAUAGUUGUUGAUGGUGCCCCAUGUUUCUUCUCCCAUCCUUACGCCUCCUUUUCUAUUCUUUUCUUUUCUUUUUUCCCAUCUCCAGUUUCUUUGGUUGUUCUUCAUUUGUUAUUGUUCACGGGACUUUGCAGUUACAAAAGGGUUCCCCUUCUUACUAUCCCCAAGGGGAUGAUUUUGUUCAUGCAAAGCCCAUAUAAAAGUUGGGGGGAUAAAAUGAUUAUAGUUUAUAGGUAAAGACAUUCAAAGUGUAUGGGAUAGAUUACCUGAAUAUGCGUUCUUCCUACCGUCCUACACAAAGAUUAUUUCAGUUAAAACCCUCAUAACCGAAUUGGUUGUUGAACAUGGACUUUAUCAGCGGGAUAUCUCCAGUACAACCUUUGGUUGACGGCCUAAUGGAGGAAUUUUAAACACAAGUUCCACAAGAUUUUCAUAUCGAAGGCAAUACAAAUGACUUACCUUGUAUGUUAAGAAAGUCCCUUUACAUGCUUAAGUAGACCGGUAUAUAGUGGAUAGUGGUUUGCUAAGUUAAUUAGCUCACUCCUAUGGAAUGCCUUCUCAAACUCCAUCCUCUAAUUACACAAAUAUUUAUCGUGUGGGUUCGAUGUAGAAUAGUAAUCUUAUUAGUUUAUGUGGAUAACAUCAUAUAGGCUAGGUCACAUAUUCCGGAUCUGGAAGUAGUUAAGUUUACUUGAAGUGAGAUUUCAUGAUGGUCUUGGCAAGAGCCUAGGGUGCAUUGCAAUGUUUCUAAGGAUCAUACUUAUCAAGAAAUGAGAAUGGGAUUUCAGUUACUAAAAAGAAAUGUUGUGUCAAAUUGUUGAUUGGCACCAGAUAUAUAAAAGUAAGGAGUUGCAACAAAGUCAUGAUAAUAAUGCACUAGCCUCUGUCGUUCUUGCCCUAUAAAUCCUGACUAUUAAUAGAUUCAGAUGUUUUUAUUCCUCACCUAACUUCUCCGGCAACACAAGAGAAGGGUCACUUAGUAUUCUAAUCCACGGAGAGAAUUGUUAUUUGUUAAUAAAUAAAGCUAAAGUAGCAUGGGAAUAUGAGUUCAGCCGGAAUGUAAAGUUAUUGAGGAACAACUAACCGUGCUGGGAAGUUCUGCAAGGACUAUCAAGUAUUUCAACAACUUACAAAAUAUUGUUCCCAAACGAUGCUCAUAUGUGCAAAUGCAACAGCAGAGCGACAAUGGCUAGAUGAAGUAGCUCCACAAGCUUGUCUCUAGAAGCUGUAUUCGAAUUCGACUUUUGGGAAGAGAGAUAUUCAUCAUAGAUGAAUCUAAUAGAUGGCGAACGUUGAACAAAAAGGCAUUAGAGAUAUAAGAGUAUAAGUAGAACAAAUAAUAUUAUGUGCUAGACUACAAAUAUUUUAAUAUAAUUUAAUUUAAUUA